AUGUUCAAGCAAGGCGGCGGUAUGGUCGAGCAAGAUGAGAAUAUCGACGAAACGCCCCGCGAGAAGUUCGUGCCCCAGCGGACCCUCGGCACAGCAGCCGAGCGCGCGCGACGCAAUCUUAACGCUAAGCUCUCGAAUCCCCUUGCUGGAUACAGUCAUUCGGAGCUCCGCAAGCAGGGUCGUGCUUUUGCGAUGAUGCACGAGAUGGGCGAUGAGACCGAUAUCAGGGCCUUUGAGCUGGGCGCUGUACUCGCUCAAUCGCCCGAACGAUUUGAAAAUGUCGCCGGGCUGACACCGCAAGAAAAGGAUGUUUUGCGACAUGAGUUCACACAUCGGUGGUCGCAACCAUGGAAGAUGUAUGCUGUUAUUGCCCUCUGCUCGCUUUCUGCAGCUGUUCAGGGAAUGGACGAAACGGUCGUCAACGGAGCACAAAUCUGGUAUAAACACCAGUUCGGUAUCGCCACAGAAGCUCGGAGAGACACAUGGUUGGUGGGUUUGGUCAAUGCCGCACCUUACCUUUGCUGCGCAUUCGUUGGAUGCUGGCUCACAGUUCCAUUCAACCACUGGUUCGGUCGACGGGGUACAAUAUUCAUCACAUGUUGCUUCAGCGCGAUAGCGUGUCUCUGGCAAGGAUUCGUGAAUACUUGGUGGUCCAUGUUUGUCGCCCGCUUUGCACUUGGCUUCGGUAUAGGCCCAAAGUCGGCGACAGUUCCGAUCUAUGCUGCAGAGACUGCGCCUCCCGCCAUCCGUGGUGCAUUGGUGAUGCAGUGGCAGAUGUGGACAGCGUUCGGUAUUAUGCUCGGAUAUGCCGCGGAUCUAAUAUUCUACAAGGUCGCGGACCCCGUCGGCAUAGUGGGAAUGAACUGGCGUCUCAUGAUGGCCUCAGCAAUGUUCCCGGCACUGGUCUCCCCGCGUUGGUAUAUGAGCAAAAAGCAAUACUACCGCGCGUAUGAGUCGAUAUGUACCCUGCGUCACCAUAGGAUUCAAGCGGCUCGUGAUUUGUACUACAUGCAUACCCUGCUGGAAGCCGAGAACAGUAUGAAGCUUGGACAACAUAAACUGUUGGAGCUCAUCACUGUUCCACGAAAUCGUAGGGCUAUGCUGGCAUCCGAAAUCGUCAUGUUCAUGCAACAGUUUUGCGGUGUCAAUGUUAUCGCAUACUACUCAUCUGAGAUAUUUUUGGAAGCAAAUUUCUCCCCUGCUGCCGCGCUUGCAGCAUCUUUCGGAUGGGGUGUGAUUAACUGGCUCUUCGCUAUACCAGCUGUCUACACAAUCGACACUUUCGGUCGACGAAAUCUCCUACUCACAACGUUCCCUCUCAUGGCACUAGCAAUGUUCUUCACCGGUUUCAGUUUUUGGAUACCAGAAACCAGUCACGCUGCUCGGACAGGCUGCAUCGCCCUGGGCACAUACCUCUUUGGUGUUGUAUACUCCCCCGGAGAGGGCCCAGUCCCUUUCACAUAUUCCGCGGAGGCUUACCCACUGUACGUGCGAUCAUACGGAAUGGCUCUCGCGACCGCGACAACAUGGUUCUUCAACUUUGUAUUGGGAGUGACCUGGCCAUCCUUGCGAAAUGCCUUCACGGCUCAGGGUGGGUUCGCAUGGUAUGCCGGGUGGUGCAUCGUCGGAUGGUGGCUCGUUCUGCUCUUCAUGCCGGAAACUAAGAACAAGACACUGGAAGAGCUGGAUCAAGUGUUUAGUGUACCGACGCGUUUCCAUGCACAGUAUGGACUCCGUCAGAUUCGUUACUUUUUUAAAAGGUAUUUGCUUCGAAAGGAUGUGCGCCCGGAGAUUCUAUAUGAGCGGGAGGAUGCUGCACCAACACAGGAUGUGGGAUAUAAUGCAUGA